GACAGCGGGCCCGGAGCUGCUAUGGAGGCCGCGGCCGCGCUCACCGAUAUGUACGACCAGGCGCUGCUGGGGAUCCUACAGCACGUUGGGAACGUGGAGGAGUUCCUGCGUGUCCUCUUCGGCUUUCUCUACCGAAAGACCGACUUCUACCGCCUCCUCCUGCGGCCCGGGGACCGCCUGGGCUUCCCUCCCGGCGCGGCACAGGCCAUGGCCCUCCAGGCAUUCAAAGUCUUUGAGCGGAUGGCCCGGCAGGAUGACGAGAAGAGGCGCCGAGAGCUGGAGGCGAAGCUAAGGAAGAAGGAGGAGGAGGAGGAGGCUGCUGCAGCCGCCGAGAGGGUGAAACUGUCCCCUGCAGCUCAGGAGGUUGAGGUAGAGACAACAGCAGAGCACGUCCCAGCGCCAGAUGCUGAGGGAGCUGCGGGGACGCAGGAGUCAGCCAUAGCCCAGGACGCAGCCCCCAGUCCUGUGUCGGCGGAGCUCUCGGGGGCCGCUGCCCCGGCAGAGCCCCAGCCAGCAGAACUGCCCACGAGACAGGAGCAGUUCCAGACAAACCCCGACAGCUACAACGGAGCUGUGCGAGAGAAUUACGCCUGGUCCCAAGACUACAGCGACCUGGAGAUUAAAGUCCCCGUGCCCAAGCACAUUGUAAAAGGCAAACAGGUGUCUGUGGAUAUCAGCAGUGGCACGAUUCGUGUAGCGGUGCUGGAGGGGAGCAGCCAGCGCGUCCUCAUGGAAGGGAAACUCACCCACAAGAUCAACACAGAGAGUUCCCUCUGGAGCCUGGAGCCGGGGAAGUGCGUUUUGAUCAACCUGAACAAAGGGGACGAGUACUGGUGGAACGCCAUCCUGGAGGGCGAGGAGCAGAUCGACAUCGACAAGAUCAACAAGGAGCGGUCCAUGGCCACGGUGGACGAGGAGGAGCAUGCCGUGCUGGACCGCCUCACCUUCGACUAUCACCAGAAGCUGCAGGGCAAGCCCCAGAGCCACGAGCUGAAGGUGCACGAGAUGCUGAAGAAGGGUUGGGACACCGAGGGCUCCCCCUUCCGCGGCCAGAAGUUCGACCCCUCCAUGUUCAACAUCUCCCCCGGCGCCGUGCAGUUUUGACGGCGGCGA